GGGGAGAUAAAAGGGGCGCGGGAGCUCGUGAAUCCUGCCCAGUUACACCAGCCCUACAGCAGUAACCACAGCUCCUAGACUUAGGUGCUCCUGCCCCGCGCGAGUGGCCGAUUCCGAGGCAGACUCCAGCAAUGGCCUUUGCAAAUCUGCGGAAAGUGCUCAUCAGUGACAGCCUGGACCCUUGCUGCCGGAAGAUCCUGCAAGAUGGAGGGCUGCAGGUGGUGGAGAAGCAGAACCUGAGCAAAGAGGAGCUGAUAGCCGAGCUGCAGGAUUGUGAAGGCCUCAUUGUCCGCUCAGCCACCAAGGUGACUGCUGAUGUCAUCAACGCAGCAGAGAGGCUCCAGGUGGUGGGCAGGGCCGGCACGGGUGUGGACAACGUCGACCUGGAGGCUGCCACCAGGAAGGGCGUUCUGGUCAUGAACACCCCCAAUGGGAACAGCCUCAGUGCUGCGGAGCUCACCUGCGGGAUGAUCAUGUGCCUGGCCAGGCAGAUUCCCCAGGCCACGGCUUCCAUGAAGGACGGCAAAUGGGAACGGAAGAAGUUCAUGGGAACAGAGCUAAAUGGAAAGAUCCUGGGAAUUCUUGGCCUGGGCAGGAUCGGAAGAGAGGUGGCCACCCGAAUGCAGUCCUUUGGGAUGAAGACUAUAGGGUACGACCCCAUCAUUUCGCCGGAAGUCUCGGCUUCCUUUGGUGUUGAGCAGCUGCCCCUGGAGGAGAUCUGGCCUCUCUGUGAUUUUAUCACUGUGCACACACCUCUCCUGCCCUCCACCACGGGCUUGCUGAAUGACAGCACCUUUGCCCAGUGCAAGAAGGGGGUGCGUGUGGUGAACUGUGCUCGGGGAGGGAUCGUGGACGAGGGCGCCCUGCUCCGGGCCCUGCAGUCGGGUCAGUGUGCUGGUGCUGCACUGGACGUGUUUACGGAGGAGCCACCGAAGGACCGCGCCUUGGUGGACCACGAGAGCGUCAUCAGCUGCCCCCACCUGGGUGCCAGCACCAAGGAGGCCCAGAGCCGCUGCGGGGAAGAGAUUGCCAUCCAGUUUGUGGACAUGGUGAAGGGGAAGUCCCUGGCAGGGGUGGUGAACGCCCAGGCCCUUACCAGUGCCUUCUCUCCGCACACCAAGCCUUGGAUUGGUCUGGCAGAAGCUCUGGGGGCACUGAUGCGAGCCUGGGCUGGAUCCCCCAAAGGGACCAUCCAGGUGGUAACACAGGGAACCUCCCUGAAGAAUGCUGGGAACUGCCUGAGCCCCGCGGUCAUUGUAGGCCUCCUCAAAGACACUUCCAAUCAGGCGGAUGUGAACUUGGUGAACGCCAAGCUGCUGGUGAAAGAGGCUGGCCUCAAUGUGACCACCUCCCACAACCCUGCUGGGCCAGGGGAGCAGUGCUGUGGGGAAAGCCUGUUGACCGUGGCCCUGGCAGGUGCCCCCUACCAGACUGUGGGCUUGGUCCAGGGCACCACGCCAGUGCUGCAGGCGCUCAACGGAGCUAUCUUCAGGCCAGAGGUGCCUCUCCGCAGGGGUCUGCCCCUGCUCAUCUUCCGGGCUCAGCCGGCUAAUCCUGCGAUGCUGCCCACCAUGAUUGGCCUUCUGGCAGAGGCAGGAGUGCAGCUGCUGUCUUACCAGACCUCGAUGGUGUCAAAUGGGGAGACCUGGCACGUCAUGGGCCUCUCCUCUCUGCUGCCCAGCCUGGACGCAUGGAAGCAACAUGUGACUGAGGCUUUCCAGUUCCAGUUCUGAGCCCUGGGGGCUUUUCUGAAGAAAACCUGCCCACCGUGACCAACAGAGAGAGGAGAUCCACAUCUCGGGCCGACACUGGUUACUCUGCAGACCUUAGUUGACCUCUGUAGAGCAGUGAGAACCACCCAAUAAAAAGCCUACCCCAGA